AUGGAGAACGAGACAACGCCAUUGCUAAGGAACGCUCCCAGUGGAGACACAUUAGUAUCAGAUGUCCCGCAAACAGCAGUUAACAUCAAAACUUUACAUCAACGCAGCGUCCUGAAACGCCUUGCAGUGUAUUCAUGUGGUCUGCUGUUGACGGCCCUCACCAUCCUAGUCCCCAUCGUAUACCUCGUGAUAAUUCCGUCAAAGAUACACGAAUUUGCAUCUGGAGGAAGAGGACUCGAAGUCCAUACCGUAGAACUACACUCUCUAGAUGCAGAUCAGGUAGACUGUAGUCUGACGGCAACAAUGUGGUUGAAGGCUGCAGCACCGCGAGGUUUUAGUUUGUAUCCAGCAGACUUUGAUCUCGCACUCGAUACAGCGGCUCCUGAGGGAACAACACGAGAUGUGGAUUUACGGGACGCUGGGAUUCAUCUCACGAAAUUCCCAUUCAACAGCCCGCUAUCUGCUACAGAGGGUGUUGAAUACAUCCCAGUUGCACUACGAACUGCAUUUGGAGACUUGAAUGUUAGAAUGAUAUCAGGUCUAAUCAAUGAUAUAAUCCAUCUUGGUAAAGCACUGCCGCCACAGACUGUAUCGAUACAGGGUAAACCGUAUGUAAAACCAAACACGUUUUGGACGCUGCCUGGUGGUUUCCAAGUAAACAUUGAGAAAUACUUUACCGUAUCGUUAGCCGAUACGAUAGGAGACGCCAAAAAGUAUAACUUCACCAUUGUGGAUAAGAAGAUUACGCCCAUCUUGAAUGGUGCUGCGAGUGACGAUAUAUUAUUAGGUACCGAUAAAUUAGGCAGACACGUCAACACUGUAAAACAGAAGUUACAAACAUCCCUCAUCCCGCAACAAUUCGCUAUAUUCGUAAACGCAUCGUUCGAUAACCCACACAGUCUAACCGUGCACGCACAAGGAUUUGGUGUGAAACUGUCCGUAUACUAUCUCAACAACCGUAUCGUAGACAUAUUUGUGCCUACAACCACACAUCUAGUGCUAGGCCAUAACGAUAAUGUCACUGUAACGGGAAUAACAGUCAAAGAACAUUUUAUGCAGCUCAUGGAUCUAGUUUCAAAGUACUCGGAUGGUGAGGCUAUAGAUCUGGUGCUGAAGGACUUUAGUUUGUUUUAUGAUGCUGGAAGACAGCCAGUCCCAUGGGUGGAGGACAUGAUUGCAAAGUGGGUGUUCCCUGUGUCCAUACCCGCUAAAAUCGAUGAAUAG